UCAGGGAGGAGCCGGGCGUCGCUUUCUUGGGAGAAAGGAGAGUUCUCCUCCCUGGCGGGAGUUGCUGGAAGCGUUUAGGGGGCGUAUUGGGAGGCGGCCGCUAGCCAAUGAUCAGGAGCGCUGCUCUCAGCUGGCAGGCAUUUAAAUGGGAGACAGCGCGGUGCGCCUGCAAUUCGGAAGCGGGGCCCGAGCUUUCCUUGCCUCUCCUCCCGAUGGGCUCGAGGGACAGGGAGCAGAGCAGCAGCAGCAGCAGCCGCCGCCCGAGCCGUCACCCCGCGCACUGAAGCGCCCCACGCCGGAAAGGAGCCGCGGAGCAGGGGUCGCUCUCUGCCCCCGCGCAGGAUGAGUCGCACAGUUUCUACAGUUGGUGUCCUCCUUCUGUUUGGACUUCUGCUGCCCACAGCAGAGGGGAGCAAGAGGAGCCGUGGAGCCCAGGGCGCCAUCCCUCCGCCUGACAAAGAUAAGCCCAAUGAUUCGGAACAGACGCCGCAGCAGCCGCCAUCGCCACCGCAGCAGUCAGGCGCCAGAAUCCGUGGCAAGGACAGAAUCAAGCCUCCACCUGCUGAAGAGGUGCUGGAGUCGAGCCAAGAGGCGCUGCAUGUCACUGAGCGACAGUACCUGAAGCGGGACUGGUGCAAGACACAUUCCCUGAAGCAAACCAUCCACGAGGAAGGCUGCCACAGCCACACCAUUAUCAACAGGUUCUGCUACGGGCAGUGCAAUUCCUUCUACAUCCCCAGGCAUCUCCACAGAGAGGAAGGCUCCUUCCAGUCCUGUUCCUUUUGCAAACCUAAGAAACUCACCACCAUGUCUGUCACACUGAACUGCCCGGAGCUUCAGCCCCCGAGGAAGAAAAAGAGGAUCACGCGAGUUAAAGAAUGUCGCUGUAUAUCCAUAGACUUGGAUUAGGAGGCACCAUGAUGGGUGUUCCAGUUCUUGCCCUUGACUACAAACGCCGAAACCCAAUCUGUCUGAAUGGGACACAAACAAUAGAGAAUUGCAACAAAAACAAUGUAUGUGUAUCUGUGUGCAAGUGUGAAUGCCAAUACAUCAAUUACAAAAGCAUGCAUAUGGAAUAACACCACUACUUGGAGUGCAAGUUGUCACCUGUUCCUAGGGUCAGUGUCUCACUAGUUCACCUGUGUGCUGGGGUUCCUGCACUUCCAUUUCCCACCAGCAUCUGUGCCAUUGACUUGUGUACCUGUUGCAAGUGAAAGCAUUGAUGUGCUCUAAGUCCAGUGUUAUUUUUUAGAACAAAAUGUUAACAGGGAUGCAGUGAGUAGACUGUUACAGAAAUGCCCCUUGUAAAUAGUGUUCAGUAAAGGGUGCAGUUAUAAUUGGGAAUGAAUGUUCAGAAGCAGCUUUGUUUGGAUGGAAAAACACAGCCACUAGCAUUAGAAGACUUUUAAAAAGGUAAUGGGCAAGAGAAGGAAAAGAGAAAGUACAAGAAUUAAGAGCAACAAGGGAAGGCAACGUGCAUAUUGACUCUACUGAUGCUUUGAAUGUACUUUAAAAACAUUUUUGAGUUAAGAAGUAAUUGUCUUGGGGUGCUGCAUUCUUUGACUAUAACUGUAGUGUUUAAUUCCAUCAUUAGCUUUUAGGUUUGCCGUAAUAAUUUGUCUAAAAUCUGUUAAUGUAUGUGUACACAUCUUUUCUAUCUCCAUUAUUACUAUCAGGUAAUUCAGCUUAACACAGAAAGCACAAUUCUGCAAUGAUCGUUUGGGACUUCAAAUGCAAUAAGCAUACAAAGCUAUAUAUACUUCAGAGCUUCAAUGGGGGCUGUGUGAUAGAUGCUGCUUAGUCUCUGGCCCAAAGGAUGUACUGCCUUGCCCAUUUACCUUGCAUUACCCAUGUUAUCUUUGAUUUUGGAUUUGCUAAACUUUAGGUGCUGUUGGGGGAUGGGAUGGAUGUGUGGCAGUGCUCAGACUUUCCUUCAGCAUUUACUGAAUAUAAGGGCCUUUUCUCUGAACAGCUCUUGAACAGUCAGUUCAUGUAUAAACAUGUAGCAGUAAUAUAUGGUGAAUAUUGCCUUUUCUCAGAACAGAACAACCUUGAGAGCGAAAACUGGUUUUUAAGUGUAAAAUUCAUUAUGUAUUAUUAUUACAUGGUUUGUAGCUGAAUUAAUCUUUGACCAAUUCCCCCUAUGUAUGAUAGGAUACCACCUCUUGUGCCUCCCCUUUGUUUUAUUUUUAUUUACAUAUACAGAUGUGCCCACCUCUGUUUCCAUCCCCAUUGUAAACCUCUGGCCUUUAUUUAUAUUGUUGAAGCCCCUGGAGAGAUAGACUGGCUUUUGAAAGUAUAAACACAUUAACCAGCUGUCUAUGCACAGUAGGUAAUUUCUAGUUCAUACCACAAGGAGAGGACAGGUAUUUAUAGAAAUAAAACACUUAUUUGUCUGUAACAACAAGGAGCCCGCCAAUAACAUGUCUGCUUAAUAAGCAAAUGUAUUCAUAUAAAAAGCAUUCUGGCUUUUGGCAUAUCACACAGUCAUCAAAUAUACCACAAUAAAUCAACCCAUAUUUAUAACCUAAACUACCCAUUUAUCAUUUAACUGUAUUGCUUCUUGUUCCAUCUGUAGAGGAUAAGUCAACAACUGUUUUUCUUGUUCUUUUUAAAUGUUUCAUCUUGUUUUAGAGGCUAUAGCUAUAUCCUCUAGUUAAUUAUUCCUCUAUUAAGUUGUAGUCCCUUGCAUAACAAUUAGGGGGAACCUCUUUCUAUAAAACCCCCCAAUUCACUGGGACCUUGACAAGCAUGAUCAUCCAUAGCCAGAUGCCUGUCACCAUACUUUCACAUGCAAAUUUAUUUUUUACUGCCUUCAUCUAUACCAGUAACAGAUUGCAAACUUGCAUAUUAGCCGUAUCAGGAUCACCCACUGCAAUCUCUUUUUAUAGGUAUUAUCAUACAUUUAUUUCUGUGUAGAUCAUUUUUAAAAGCCUGAUUUCUGAGUUUCCACUGUGUGGAAUGUGAAUAGAUAAACAGAAAGAUAUUUAAUGGUUUUGGCAUUUCCAUAUGAUCAGAGAGCUUUCCUCUAACUACUUCUUAGAAGGUAUCAAGGUUAAAACACUCCCUUUUCCUUCUGAACUCUUGGGGACUUUAUUUUAAUUCUUGUUUCUCUUCCUAUAAUUCAUAUACAGCUCUCACCAAGCAAUAUAUAGUUCUGGCUUUUUAAAAGUUUUAACUUUCCAUACAGCACAUUUUUGAAGCAACGACUUGUAAAAUAAUUUAAGGUUUAUAGCAAGGUGGAGUUGGUUAUCUAAGAAAGAAUAAUAGAAGAUCCCUAUUCAGAAAAAAAAAAUAUAUGUUGAUUUCAUAGGCAGGUCAUUUAUGAUUCAUUUUUCAGGUUUCAAGGAAACCAAAGAUGCAGCUGCAAAUGAUUUCAAAUCAAACCAUAUGUACUGUACUUAAAUCUGACUUUCUCUUAUAAAACAAUGAAGAGGAACCCAAGCUGCCAUAUGUUCU